CGCACCUUCUGCGAAUGCCAUUUAUCGGGCGCGCACGGGAAUAUAACUUUCAUCGACGGUUGUUGUUUACGCGUUUAGCUACGCUUUUCUACAGAUUAGCGUCAAGUGUCGGUUUAGCGUCUGCGGGGCUGAGCGACCCUGCAGAAACUACUGGAUAUCAUACCCGACAGCGCAUUUUAAAGGCUUUUUUUUAUUUAUUUAGGUUUUUCCAAAUGGCGUUUAAGAGAUGAUAUGCAAAUGAGUUUAUGGCUUGGACCGAUCCAUUGCAAUUGCGCGCAGCUCACGCUACUUUCCGUCCUGCCCUUUUGCUUAAAAUGAUCAGAUGAUGUCAAGUACAAAUCUAUUUGUUUUUUUUUAUGCGUUUUGUUAAAAUAAAUGCUUAUUUUGUCCACAGCAAAUGAAGCGGGCAGAGAGGAAAAGUGGGCGUUUCUGACGACUUGCAGUGAAGCAUGGAUUACGAGAGGAGGGGCGGUCGUGGAGAUCGGAUGGGCCGCUAUAGGAAAGAUUCUGACGAUCAUGACUAUAGGGACAUGGACUAUCGCGGUUACGGGCAAGAAAAUAGACCGAAUAGCAGUUUAACAAACGUAAGACCGCAAGAGCCCGAUAGUAGUUUUGAAGGCAUGAGAGACUUUGCCUCGGGUAACUUUUCGACUAACCGACCCGGAUUCAGACAAAAGGGAAACCACGGAUCCGAAAACGGCCCACUUGGAAAAAGCCUCCUCCAAAGUCCCCCCAAUGAGAAUAUCCACUCGGGAUUCCAGCAAGACGAUAAGGAUUAUGAGUUUGAGCCAGAGACGAGUGCGCACAGGACGUAUAGAUCAGGACAGAAGGUCUAUCUGGAUGAAGGGACCCCGGAUGAAGGUGAAGAAAACGAGGACGACGCCUGGGGCAGAGUUAGAGGGCGGCACGACUCUCAGGGCGAAUACGGUGCAGAAUGGAGAGCUGAGGAAGACAAACACGUCAGACACGCGCACAAACAAGGGUUUCCCGAUGAAUCUCAACUAGCUAGGGACAAAAUAAGAGACGGAAGGUUUCAUCCCGCUCUGGAAAUGUGCCAGGAGGAGGCCGAACCCCGCGACCAGGACUACAGGUCUGAUACGGAGCAGGUCCAAAAACCCAGCAACAUUGUCAUGCUGAGAAUGCUCCCGCCAAAUGCAACCGUUAACGAGAUUCGGGCUCGACUGCAGGAGCAAGGGAUCCAGCCCAGAGAGGUUCGCCUCAUGAGGAACAAGUCUUCAGGUCAGAGCAGAGGAUUCGCCUUCGUCGAGUUUAAUCACUUGCAGGAGGCCAGCCGCUGGAUGGAGACCAACCAGAGAGUUCUCACUAUAUUGGGACAGCGUGUAUCCAUGCACUACAGUGACCCAAAGCCCCGCGCAAACGAAGACUGGCUGUGCAAUAAGUGUGGAGUACAGAACUUCAAACGAAGAGAAAAGUGUUUUAAAUGCGGAGUUCCAAAAUCAGAAGCCGAGUUGAAACCGCCUCUGGUGCCAAAGAGUUUACCUCUGGGGCAAUUAAAGGACUCGGCUCGGGGUUUACUGCCCCUUCCUGCCAUAUACCAGACAGCAGCUCCACUUAUCAACUUGAGCUCCUCGUCCCCGGCUGCCGAGGUGGCCAACGACAGAGGCUUCGCAGCUGCUUCAGAUCCUCCAGUCCCUGCAGCCUCCUCUCUCUAUCGAUGGGAAGCUCAUCUCUGUGGAGUUCGCCAAGGGCUCCAAACGCGACGUUUUCCUGACGGACGGGAAUCGGGCGAGUGUGGCGACGGUAGCGAGUACAGCUAUAGCCGCAGCUCAGUGGGCCGUCACUCAGACGUCCCAGCUGUCGGCUGCGGCUCCGGCGCUGAUCUGUGUGCGCACCAGCAGGGGGCGGCGGCGGCGGCCGCGUUCGGGCAGGAGGCCGCGCAGCUUCUCGGCGCAGACGCGCCAGCCUUUAAAGGGCCGGCGUCUGCGCCGCCGAGCGGCCGCGCAACGUUACGGGCUCCCGACGGAGGAACGGCCCCCCCGGGUAUAAGGGCAGCUUCAGGAGAAGCGGGCGCUACGUCCGUACCGUCCCAGACCCAGCGCGUCACGGCUCCGACCUCCACGCAAGCCCAGCAGGCCCCGGUGGAGAUUGUUGGGAAGCCUCGGCCCGCGACCCCGAACCAGCCUGCCACGCCUGGAACCGCUCUGGAGUGCCAGCAGUACCCUGAUCCCGACGUGUCCACGUACCAGUACGACGAGAGCUCGGGCUAUUACUACGACCCUCUUACAGGCCUCUACUAUGACCCCAAUUCACAGUACUACUAUAACCCCCAUACGCAGCAAUACAUGUACUGGGAUGGGGAAAGACGCACGUACGUUCCCGGCCCGUCACGGACGUCCGACGACGACGACGACGGCGGCACGGACGGCGCGAGCUCCGAGCUCCCAGGCGCUCCCAACGGCGGCAAGGACAAGAAGGACAAGCCCAAGAACAAGACGGCACAGCAGAUCGCCAAAGACAUGGAGCGGUGGGCCAAAAGUCUGAACAGGCAGAAGGAGAACGGGCGAGCGAGCGGCAACUGUCGAGCGACGACGCCGGGGAGGCCCGACGAGCGGCGGGAAUCUGCCAGCGCCGACGCAGGCUACGCCGUCCUGGAGAUGAAGGGCGCCUUGCUGGAGAGAGCUCAGAUUGCGACGGAGCAGAUGAAACAUGUGGAAGAAAGAGAGAGUCCUCCUCGGGGUCUGGCGGCGGGAUACAGCGGAGAGACGGACAGCGAGGAGGAGGCCGGAGAGAGAGAGGAGAGGCUGACGGACUGGUCCAAAUUGGCCUGUCUGCUGUGCAGGAGACAGUUUCCCAGCAAAGAGGCUCUGAUCAGACAUCAGCAGCUGUCGGAGCUCCACCGGCAAAAUCUGGAGCAGAGGAGAGCGAGACAGAGUCGAUCGGAGCCACAAGAGCGGUCGGAAACGGAGCUGAAGUACAGGGACCGGGCGGCGGAAAGAAGAGAGAAAGGCUCCGUCCCGCAGGCACCGGAGGCCAAAAAGAGGAAAUUCAGUCCCACCAGCGGAGCGGGAUGCGUCCCCGGAAGGAUUUUCAAUCACAGCCUGUUGGCGGAGUGACGUGAGGUGAGGCCUGUGGAGUUGUAUCGGUGCGGUGCGGAGCGUGAGCAGAGCGCACCUGAGAGACCAUCGUGAAGAGGAGAGCGAUGUGCGGCGAAAUAUAUAUAUAUAUGAAAUGUCUGUGUGUGAGAAAAGCUAAGAGAUUGUGGUGGAUUGUGAGGAAACGGCUCAGGACUUUGAGAAAUCACAAAUAAAUUGCACAGUGUAUACA